AUGGGGACCACCGAGGCCACCUUGCGGAUGGAGAACGUGGAUGUGAAGGAGGAAUGGCAGGACGAGGACCUUCCGAGGCCGCUCCCAGAAGAGACAGGAAUGGAACUGUUGGGUAGCCCGGUGGAGGACACAUCCUCUCCUCCCAGCACCCUGAAUGUCCUCGGAGCCCAUCGCAAGAGGAAGACGCUGGUGGCCCCCGAGAUCAACAUCUCCCUGGACCAGAGCGAGGGCUCCCUGCUGUCCGACGACUUCCUGGACACCCCCGAUGACCUGGAUAUCAACGUGGACGACAUCGAGACGCCUGAUGAGACCGACUCGUUGGAGUUCUUGGGGAACGGCAAUGAGUUAGAGUGGGAAGAUGACACCCCCGUGGCCACUGCCAAGAACAUGCCUGGAGACAGCGCGGAUCUGUUUGGGGACGGGGCCGCGGAGGAGGGCAGCGCAGCCAACGGGCGUCUGUGGCGGACGGUGAUCAUUGGGGAACAAGAACACCGGAUCGACCUGCACAUGAUCCGGCCUUACAUGAAGGUGCUCACCCACGGAGGGUACUACGGAGAAGGUCUCAAUGCCAUCAUCGUCUUCGCUGCCUGCUUCCUCCCGGACAGCAGCUCCCCAGACUACCACUACAUCAUGGAGAAUCUCUUCCUGUAUGUCAUCAGCAGCCUGGAGCUGCUGGUGGCCGAGGAUUACAUGAUCGUGUACCUGAACGGCGCCACCCCUCGGCGGAGGAUGCCUGGCAUUGGCUGGCUGAAGAAGUGUUACCAGAUGAUUGACAGGAGACUGAGGAAGAAUUUGAAGUCUCUGAUGAUCGUCCACCCCUCCUGGUUUAUUCGGACCGUGUUGGCCAUCUCUCGGCCUUUCAUCAGCGUCAAGUUCAUCAGUAAGAUCCAGUAUGUCCAGAGUCUGGAGGAGCUGGAGCACCUCAUCCCCAUGGAGCAUGUGCAGAUCCCGGAAUGUGUGCUGCAGUAUGAAGAGGAGCGCCUGCGGGCUAGGAGGGAGAGCAUGAGGCCCCACCCUGAAUUUCUGCUGCCCAGUGCUGAGGAGAAGCCCGAGGCGGCGCUGGAGGAAGAUGGGUCCACUGAGGUGACUGAAGACCAGGAAACGAGGUGGCAAGGGAGUGUGACAACCCGCACAGGACGCUGCCCGGGAGAAAAAGGUCACCUGGGUCCUGUGUCCAGGGACUCACUGCACGUCAGCCGUGUCCAGCCCUUUGGGGAGGUCCAGCUGACCCCACGUGAUACCAGCGGCACCCCAGGUCACCUCCUGGGCAUGCAGUCUGUGGCGAUCGCCAGGCUCCGGGUGGACUCCUACCAGGCUGGAGACUUCAGCAGCCCUGAAUCUGAGCGGGCAGCGGGGGUGGACACGGCGGCCUGCCACAACCAGCCGUCCAAGAAGGUUCUCGAAAUGCCCAACAUCCCAGGACCUGCGACAGCAGAGGAGUGUGUUUUGGAGUGA